CACCUCAAUGAUUGAUCAGUAUAUAUCAGCUGAAUUGCCAGACAGAGAUGUAGAUCCUGAAGGUUUUGCAUUGGUCGACCGCCAUAUGAUUCAUGGGCCAUGCGGAAAACGUCGACCAACAUCACCUUGCAUGGACAAGGGAGAGUGCACCAAGGCUUACCCUAAGCCGUUAUCAGAUCAUUCACACAUUGACAAGUCUGGGUUUGUCAGAUACAGAAGGCGAUCAAAUCCCAAGCAUUUAGUCUUGAAGAGCAAUAUUGAGAUAGGGAAUCAGUACGUUGUCCCUCACAACCUCAGUCUCCUUAAAAAAUAUCAGGCCCAUAUCAAUGUUGAAUGGUGCUGCAGAACCAGUGCAAUCAAAUAUCUUUUUAAAUACAUUACAAAAGGUGUUGAUCGAGCUACUGUUCUUUUAAAGGAGGUGGAAAAAAGAGGCGAUGGGAAGGAGAAAAAGAAAGAAGGGGUGGAUGUGGUCAAUGAGAUAGAUAGAUAUAUGGAAUGUCGAUACAUCUCUGCAUGUGAGGCCUCAUGGAGAUUAUUUGCCUUUCAGAUACAUCACAAUCAACCUAAUGUUAUUAAGCUGCCUGUACAUCUACCAGGUCAGCACUAUACUGUCUACGACGAGUCUUCUAACUUAGAAGAAGUUAUUUCAAAAGAAGACAUCGAGAAAACGAUGUUAACUGCAUGGUUUGUAGCAUGUGAAACGUAUGAAGAAGCACGAGACCUGACGUACGUUGAGCUCCCUACUAGGUUCGUUUAUCACACAUCAGGGAAACUAUGGACCCCCAGGAAAACGGGUGGAGCAAUAGGCAGGGUGGUUUACGUCAGUCCAGCGGCCGGUGAUAACUAUUUCUUGCGGAUUUUGGUAAAUGUUGUUAGAGGCCCAAGGUGUUACGAGGACUUAAGAACAGUUGGUGGUGUGGUGUUUAAAAAGUAUAGAGAAGCAUGUUACGCACGCGGUUUGCUUGACGACGACAGAGAGUGGCAUGAUGCUAUAGAGGAGCCAUCAUAUUGGGCUACUGGUCGCCAGCUCAGACGGUUGUUUAUGAUUAUCUUAUUGUUUUGUCGAGUUGUAAAUCCACUGAAGCUUUGGGAACAUACCUGGAAGUUCCUGGCAGAAGACAUCCUCUACACGAAACGCAAAGAAUUCAGAUUCCCAGGUCUUGAGCUCAACGACGACCAGCUGAAGCAAUAUACUCUCAUCGAGCUCGAGCAACUCUUGAAGGAGAAUGAUCAGUCACUUGCGGACUACCCUGACAUUCCAUUGCCUGAUGAUGCUAUUUUGACUGAGAUUUCAAACACAGUGCUGAUGCAGGAGUUGAGUUAUGACAUUCAGCAGGAGAAUGAGACACAUACAGAGUUGUUUGCAUCAAUGAAUCAAGAUCAGAAAAUGGUAUAUCAUGCAGUGCUUCAAUCUGUUGAUAAGCAAUCUGGGCAGUUGUUUUUUGUUAAUGGGGCAGGAGGUACAGGUAAAACAUACCUAUACAGGACCAUCAUCGCAAAGCUUAGAUCAACCAAUAAAGUUGUUAUCCCAGUCGCAUCAUCUGGUGUUGCUGCGCUAUUGCUCCCAGGAGGAAGAACAGCCCAUUCUCGGUUCAAACUGCCGCUUACACUGAGCGAUGUGUCAAUGUGUAAUAUUCCCAAGUGUUCUAUGUUGGCUUCAUUGAUAGCAAAGUCGGAUUUAAUAAUCUGGGACGAAGCUCCGAUGGCCCAUCGCCAAGCAUUUGAGACACUUGACCGUUCACUCCGGGAUUUGUUGAGUCCUUCAGAUCCAACGGCUUCCGACAAACCAUUUGGUGGUAAGACCGUUCUCUUGGGAGGUGAUUUCAGGCAAAUAUUACCAGUCGUGCCUCAAGGAAGACGUCCAGACACAGUCCUUGCAUCAAUCAGCAAAUCUUAUCUAUGGAAAAAGGCAGAAGUUUAUACUCUUUCCAUGAACAUGCGAUUGGAAAAAGAAGAAAGGGAAUUUGCUAAAUGGAUCCUUGAGGUUGGUGAUGGAACAGCUGAUACCAUCCUCUCUCAUACGAGCAGCAAUGAAGAGGGUGAACAAAUUGUUGUGGACCAAAGAUUCAUGAUCCCUUCAACAGAUAAACCACACGAAGCACUAGCAGCUGCGGCAUAUCCUGACUUCCUUCAUAAUUAUCGGAACAAGAAGUACUUGACAGAGAGAGCGGUGCUGACACCUACAAAUAGUACUGUUCAUGAGCUAAAUGCAUACAUGCUGUCCCAAGUUCCCUCACAAGCUAAAGAGUAUUUGAGCUCCGAUUCCGUUGAGCUGGAGGCCACACCAGAAGAUGAUUGGAGUAGCCACUAUACUCAAGAGUAUCUUAAUUCUCUUGAGUUCUCUGGACUGCCUAACCACAGACUAUGCCUGAAGGUGGGGUCCCCGGUGAUGAUGCUGCGUAAUCUUAACCAAGCGUAUGGGUUAUGCAAUGGGACACGGAUGAUAGUCAGUCGUGUAGGUGACAGGAUAGUAGAAGUUGAGAUCAUGACUGGCACACAAGUAGGCAAAACAGUGUUGAUCCCUCGAAUACAGCUUUCUCCUCUUGACACCGUGCAUCCAUUCACGUUUUGCCGCCGUCAGUAUCCUCUGCGCUUAUGCUACGCAAUGACAAUCAAUAAAAGUCAGGGACAAAGUCUCAAACAAGCUGCUUUGUACCUCCCUAGAUCGGUCUUCACCCAUGGCCAGUUGUACGUAGCUUUAUCUAGAGUGACAUCACCAGAGGGGCUUAAGAUAUUAGACGAUUCUUCUGAUUCGGACGGUACGGACGGAGUAAGAAAUAUUGUGUACAAAGAGAUCUUCCAGGGCCUCUGUGACAGAAAGGUUUACAUUCAAGUGAUUUUCUUAAUAUGUCAGUCUCAUACGGAUUGUUUCGACUAAUAACCAAAUCAAAAUGCUUGCAGGGAAAGAAGGCACUGUGGACUUGAACAUCCAAAAAUCAUGUACUUCUACUGCAGUUUUAUUCCACCUUAUGCAGUUCUGUUCUAAUCAAUCAUAUAUCCUUCUCAUUUUCUCUGUUAUUUUCAGUGUGCAACCCUCAUGGAUCAAAUGGUGAGAACACUUUCAUUCCAGUGAUUGGAUCAAGCGUCAAGUAUUAUAACUUCAUAUUCUGUAAAAGACAUUGGCGUGACUGUGAACAUAGUGUUUCUUCUAACACACGCAAUUCAUCCUAUCUGUUAUCAAACUUUUUGAAUUUUUCCACUCAUUUACCCAGUCCUUACAAUUUCAUUAUUACAACUCCAUUUAAUAUUAUCCU